UGUAAAGUUAACCGUUCCUACUUCGUUAUUAGUAUUUUUACUGAGAAAGGGAUCCUGUCUAGCCGGUACAGCUGAAGCCGCAGGGCAGCAUCAGCUAUCACAUGAGAUGGGGCUGGUGCUGUGUCACGUGAGGCAUAGCUUCUAAAAGAUGGCUCCAGCAAGCUCAGAGCAAAACACAAUUGGGUGACAUACUGUCGCUUAUCUGCUGGCACGCAUCUGUAAACAACAGAAAUGGGGCGAAAUGCGUUUAACUCCGCAGUAUGUCUUUCAUAAUAUAAUACAAACUCAUCAUGCGUAAGACGACGGAGAUUCACCGUUAGCUUAACUAGCUGUCAACUGCUACAAGUGGUGAGAGGCCCAAGUAAGGGGGAAGAGGGACUCUUCCCUUGAUGACUGUGAUGUCUUUCUUCAUGGAUGUCUGAACAUUAUUCCCACUAGGAGACAGAAAGGUGAAAGUAGCUGAAAACUGUGCAACACUGAACAAGCAUUUGAAGAUUCACCAUGGAUUGGCUGAUGCAUGCAGUUGAGAGAGACUUGGGGGUUGACCAACGGCAGCAAGGCCCAGGGCCCCGUCCACGAGAGGUCAUAGCUCUCGUUCCUGUGCGCUGGGUGUUGGCGCUUAGAGAAAAGAGGGUGAUGCGCUGUGCUCGCUUUGAAAGCAUCAGUGCGGCAGAAAUUUGCACAUACCUCCAGUCUUCCCAGGCAAAGUUGCCACCUGGCUGGACACGAGUCUGCAUUCAGGGCCUGAGGAAAAGCAGGCUGAGCUACAGACUAGCAAGAGAUCCAUGCCAUCAGCAAAUGGAACCACUCUCACAGGAUUCCUAUGUCAAAACCAUGCAGUGUGUGUCACAGCACAAUGUCAGGAAUCUGUGGCGGGAAGCUCAUUACAAACUUGUGCAGACAUAUACAGGAGCCAGUGAGCAGAUGCACAUUACAGCUGUAGAUGCUGUACGUCAUGCUCUAGAAAAGCUUUUCCAUUCUACGUUUAUCUCACCUGACAAAAUAUCGCCAUCUCUCUCUCCAGCCAGAGAGAAGGAGAAAGACAGUUACUUGCCAUCUGGUUCAUCUUGUUUUUCGAAGUCCCAGUUAGACAAUCUGUGUCCUAACAUCUUGCCCGCAGAAUGCCUGAUGGAGACAGCAGAAAUGUUGUAUGUGAUUCAGCCUUAUACUCAGUAUUCACUUCACAAUAUUGUCUCCUUCAGCCCUGCCAAGCUUGCUAACAGCCAUGCCAAAGUUUUGUUCAUCAUCUACCAGGUACUAAAAGCUCUGCAGGCAUGCCAUGCAGCAGGUCUGUCUUGUGGGGAGUUGUCUCUUCAGGACAUAGCAGUUGAUGAGCAACUCUGCAGCCGUCUCAAACUCAACAUUGGCCAUUAUGAGGACCUGUGCACAAAAGGGGGAGCAGACAGUGACGUUACUGUCAAACAAGAGCCACAAUGUGUUCCGCCAAGAGAAAUGGCAUCUGUGAGCCACGAGAACAAGAGACUUUGCAAAGACUGCUUUGAUGAGUUGAAGACACUGGUUCUGGACUGGGUCCAUGGACGAGUCAGUAACUUCCAUUACUUGAUGAAGUUGAACAGAUUAGCUGGACGGCGAGAAGGGGACCCUAAUUAUCACCCGGUGCUGCCUUGGGUUGUGGAUUUCACUGUGCCAUUUGGAAAAUUCCGGGACCUCAGGAGGUCAAAGUUCAGGCUUAAUAAGGGAGACAAGCAGCUGGAUUUUACAUAUGAGAUGACCAAAGAGGCUUUGGCAGCUGCAGUGGGAAAUGGGGUGGGUGGCGUUGGUGUAGGUGGAGACCUCAGUGGCUGUGUAGGUGGUGGAGGUGCUGGACAAUCUGAGCACCUUCAUGUACCUCAUCACAUAUCUGAUGUUCUGUCAGACAUUACUUACUAUGUCUACAAAGCCCGACAGACACCCAAGUCAGUGUUGUGCAGUCAUGUUAGAUCCCAGUGGGAGCCCAAUGAAUACCCAGCCAGUAUGGAGCGCAUGCAGAGCUGGACCCCAGAUGAGUGCAUCCCAGAGUUCUACACAGAUCCUUCCAUUUUCCGCUCAAUCCACCCAGACAUGCCAGACCUGGAUGUGCCUUCUUGGUGCAAAUCCUGUGAAGAAUUCAUUGAGGUCCAUCGCCGCCUUCUGGAGAGCAGAGAAGUAUCCCAGCAUUUGCAUCACUGGAUAGACCUCACAUUUGGCUACAAGCUUUCAGGUAAAGAAGCUAUUAAGGCCAAGAAUGUGUGCCUGCACCUAGUGGACAACCACACCAGUCUGACUACCUAUGGUGUAGUUCAGCUCUUUGACCAGCCCCAUCCACCCCGCUUAUCUCCUUCCCAGUAUGCCCCAGCAGAACCUCCUUUUCUUAGCCUUGCUGCUCUAAAUGUGCCUUCUCUACACAUCCCUCAAAUGGACACUGUAGCUGACACUGUGGAUGGGCUGGUGCCAGAGUCCACAGGGUGUGAGUCCAGUGGCUGGACUAUGGUAGAUAGAGAUGAAGAGCUUGAACAGGGUACAGAGGCUCUAGACUCAUUAGCAUCCACCGGCUCAUCCAAUUCUGUAUCUUGCUCUGUCCCAUUGCCUGCAAUAAGUUCAGGGAGCGGAAAGAUCGUUGGAGAGAACUCUGCAGUUGUCGUGUCUCAGUCUCCAAGUUCAUUCCCUGGUGAUUUCACAGGUGGCAUUGGUCCUGGUUUACGAAGUGCAGUGUUACAAAGAGGGGGGCCAAUGAACAAAAGACAUGGGGAAAAUGCAACUGGUACAAGUGCAGAAGAAAUUAAAAUCAUUCUCCCUGAAGGCUUCAACCCGUUGCAACCUUUAGAAGAGCUGGAGAAGUUGAAUAACUUUUUGGCAAAAAGUCUUCAUGCUGAAGUAUGGCAUCCUGCAGCAUGUAGUGGCUCAGUGAGGGAGGGCCUGGCGAUUGAUUCUCGAACCUCUCUUACACAGCUUUACCAAAGAGACAUGCAAGCCCUGGGUGUUGUCAUCGCUGAGAUAUUUUACUCCGCUAAACUGAGAGGAGUGAAACCAGACGCCUCUCUCAGGCAGCGUUUCCAAGCUGUCAUGAAGCUGUGCUCUGCCAAUCUCCGUGAUGUUCCACUUUCUUUGCACCAUGCUCUUGAGACAUUGUUGCUAAUAGAGAAACAUUCAGGUGUUGCAUACAGAGAGGAACCAGAUUGCCCAGAUCCACUCCUUUUCAAAUAUGACCCCAUUCGCAGCGGUCUUCCUCCUCCAAACCCUCACCAGUUAUUGAACUCCAUUAUUACGCCCUUUCCUUUCCCUUCCUAUUUUGCAGCGCUCCAUCAUUUUAUCUUUUCAUACCAUGCCAAGAUGGGUACUGUAUGGAGCCUUCAAGGAAGGGAUGUUGUCUUUCAUCUGUGGCAGCAACUCGAAGCACUGCUGCGGAGUGACAUCACUGCAGAGGGUCUGGAGAUUCUCUUGCCCUUCAUCCUAGCUCUCAUGCUUGAAGAGUCCACUGCUGUCUAUGCAGCUUGGUACCUUUUUGAGCCCAUCUCUCGAGUACUGGGUCCCAGAAAUGCAAACAAGUACUUACUAAAGCCACUGAUCAGUGUUUAUGAAAAUCCUCACUGCCUCAGAGGACGUUUCUAUCUCUACACUGAUUGUUUCAUUCUCCAACUGAUUAUGAGGCUUGGCCUGCAGGCCUUUCUUUCCAGUCUGCUGCCCCAUGUCCUGCAGGUCAUUACUGGCUUUGAAAGUGGUAUCUCAGACACUGGUGGAGAAGCUGGUAAAGGGCUGAGGCCUGGCAUGUGUAAUCUGGGAGAGGAGGAGGAAGAGGACUUUCGGUAUGGCGAAGUGAGACCAUCAUCUGGGUCUGCUGGAGGCAAUAUGGGGGGCAGCAGUGGGGCCAGUGGAGGGGUUGGGGUGGUUGGGGACACAGGGCUAGUUGACUACUCCUCUGGCAUUAGUCUCAGUGAUCAAGUGUUUCUCUCAGAGGCAGAGGACUUUCAGAAUGGUUUUUAUGUCAACAGUGGAACAGGGAUGACUGCUGGGAAGCAGCAGAACCAGAACUCUGCAGCCAAGGAUCAAGACCAGGAGUCUUUAAGUGUUGGGAAACUAAGUGACAAAAGCAGCACAAGUGAACUCUCUCUGGGUGAUGACUCAAUGCGGGAUCGAGUCAGUCUGAAAUCAGCUGACAGCAGCCAGGACCUGAAACAUGCCAGUGAGGGAGAAGAGGGAGGAGAGUUGGAGGAAGAAGAAGUGACUAAUGAGAAUAAAGAGGGCACAGAUGACCCAGGUGUCCUCAACUUUGAGCUCACUGUUUCAGGACGCACAGAAACAUCAGCAGCCACAGUUGGAACUUUAGAGGAUGAAUUUGUGAAUGGGAUGACACUGGAAGAGACCGUAGGAGGACAGGAGGAAGAGGAUGACCAUGAUCCAUUAGAGGAGUCUGAAGAGAAAGAACAAAAGAUUCUUUUAGAUACAGUCUGCAAAACAGUUCGCUGGCUUUCCGCAAAGCUUGGACCAACAGUGACAUCUCGAUACGUAGCCAGAAAUUUGCUGCGAUUGCUCACAAACUGCUACAUUGGACUUGAAAAGCACCAGUUUGUGGCCCUUCCAUCUGAGGAGAGCCGCCUGGAGAGUGUAGGAAUGGGUAGUGUCUAUGAGAAGAGGCCUGUGGUUGGUGAUCACACAGCAGGACCAGUUUUGGAUUGUCUCAUCUACAUAGCUCAACUUUAUGGAGAGCCUGUACUCACCUACCAGUACCUGCCUUAUAUAGGAUAUCUGGUGUCUCCACCAUCUUCGCAGCGUCUUAACACACGUAAGGAAGCAAGUCUACUUGGAGCAGUUGCACUUACACAGAAGAUUAUUGUCUUUCUCUCUGAUGCUACUCUAAUGGACAUGCUAAUGAAGAUCAAUCAAGACGUUCUUCUGCCACUUUUAGAUCUGCUUACUACCCCCCGAAUGGGAUUCCCCAGUGGUGUGCAAACACGCACUGCUGUCUGUCUUAAGACGCUCAGCCUAAUGGCUCUCAUCUGUCUGCGCAUCGGGAGGGAGAUGGUGCAGCAGCAUAUGGCUGAUACUCUGCGUCGGUUCUUUGCUGUUUUUUCCCUGCUGCAUUCUUUGCAGCCCCAGCUGGAUCAUGCCCCUCUCAGAGCUGUGGGAGAUGUAACAGUUGUGGACGUCAGAACACCUGAAGAGUCGAAUGUAACGUAUGAGAUCGGGGUCUUGGAAGAGUUGCAGACUGUAUUUAACCCUGAGAUGGCCCAUGCCUCCUACAUCCCUUUCUACUGUCUCAUAGGUGACACAGCCAUUCGGAAAGUGGUUCCCAAUCACGAACUGGUUUGGCAGUUGGCUCAGUCUUACCAUCAGAGUGUGAGUCAGGGGAGCACGAAGGCUAACCUCACCUCAGCAUCCAGGAUGGAGCCCCCAACAUCUGCUGGUUUUGGCAGACAUGUGGCUUGUAGCCCAUUUCCUGCUCCUUCAGGUAGCUCCACUCCACAAGGAGACUCCCUUCUUGAGUCAGGCACAUUCGGAAGCCACCUGGUUGGAAACCGUAUUCAAGUUACCCGUGACACUGACUAUGCUGGCAACUCUAACCAUGGUUUGACAAGCUCUUGGGGACGCUCUAGCCAUGCCACUCCAAUUAUCACCACUGCCUCAACCUUCACCACUCCAUCCACAGGUGCAAGCUCUUUCUCCUGGGUGACUGGCCCCUCUCCAGAGGACAGUGCCCUAAAGCAAGAACUCCCUCGAAGUAGCCGGUCACUUCAAGGCAACUGGCUUGCCUACUGGCAGUAUGAGAUUGGUCUCAAUCAACAAGAUUCACAUUUCCACUUUCACCAGAUCAGACUGCAGAGUUUCUUGGGUCAUUCAGGCACCACAAAAUGUUUGUCACCGCUGGCAGGAGAGGAUUAUUUCCUUUCUGGUAGUAAAGACAAGACUGUGAAGCUUUGGCCCCUCUAUAACCAUGGGGAUGGGACACAGGAGGUGGAGCCCAGGCUGACGUAUAGUGAACAUCGAAAGUCCGUCUUCUAUGUGGGACAACUUGAGACGUCACAGGAGGUAGUGAGCUGUGACGGUACAGUACACCUGUGGGACCAGUAUACAGGCAAGCACAUCCGCUUGUAUGAAGCAGUGGAUGGAAAGAAUCCCAUUACAGCCGUCACCACCAUGCCAGCUCCACACUGCAGCGUUGUGUUUGGCAGUGCAGAUUCUGUUCUCCGCUUCAUUGAUCCUCGCAAACCUGGAUUGCAGCAUGAAUUUCGUCUGGCAUACAACAAUGUGAGCGCUGGGCUUAUCCGUUACCUGGCAGUGAGCCCCUCAGGACGCACAGUAGCUGCAGGUUUCUCAUCUGGAUUCAUUGUUCUGCUAGAUGCACGGACAGGACUUGUGCUGAAGGGCUGGCCAGCUCAUGAAGGAGAUAUCCUUCAGAUGAAGGCUGCAGAGGGAAACCUGGUGAUCAGCUCCUCCACUGACUACACGCUGACUGUGUGGAAAGAUCUUGAAAACAAGCCUCUUCGCCAGUACAAGUCACAGUCUGAUCACAUCCAUGCCUUUGACCUUUACGGUUCGCAGAUUGUAACGGGAACAGUGGCUAACAAAAUAGGGGUGUACUCUAUGGCUGAUAUUUCCCUGAGCCCUGUUAGCAGCACAAAACUGAGCUCAGAGAAUUUCCGCGGCACUCUGACCAGCCUCGCAGUCCUACCCACUAAAAGGCUUCUGCUGCUGGGCUCUGAGAACGGCGCCAUUAGGUUAUUAGCUUGAAUCAAUAGCUCCCAGCCGCACUAAACACUCUUUCAACUGACCUUGUGUCUUACCCAUGAAGACAUCAGUGUCUGAGCUCUCUCUGUCCUCUAUGUGCUUACGGACAAAUGUAGUGGUAGAACAGGUUGUCAGUUCAUUUAAAUUCUUCUCUCAUUUUUUUUUUUUUAAUGAGGCAGCACACGUUGAGGCAUUGUAUAAUUUUUCAUGUACACUGAAAAUAAAUUCCUAAGCCUAUAGAUGUAUAGUUUAUAAUAGGAAACUAUCACUUGACUAGGUCAUUCAUUGUUCAGACAAGGUCAGUUAUUAAAUUGGAAGACAUGCUCAGGAAGGUUUUAUGUAGUGUUUACACUUUUCCAAAUAGAUGUAUAAAAAAACAAAAAUACAUUGACCUCACCUUCAAUUUUCCUUAAUAAUUACAUGCCAAUCUAAAUGCACUAAUUAAUCUAUGCAGUAUUUGUAGAUCAAAUAAUUUCUGUUACUGUUACUCAAUGCUACAUGAGACUUAUUUCACAGUAGUUUAUGUAUACAUCAUGAACAAUAAACGUACACUUGCUGUUGUAGUGACAGUGUCAGUGUGCCUACUCUUGGAGGAAACGCCUCAGUUGUCAUCCCAAACAAAUUAGUCACAGAUGCACGGCCUUUAAUCUACUGCACAAGUAUGGCCUGAAAUUGUACCAUUUAAAUUCUCACUCACAUUUUAAUUACUGAAUGUUCUUAAUCCUCUAAUAAAUUACUUGAAGUUGCUUUGGGAUUUUAUAAACCAUAUAUUCUUGCUUUAGCCCUGUAGCAACAUGAUCACAGCGGAUGCUGCUUUGACUGGACGUGCCAGUUGUUGAACUCACCACUUCUUAAUUUCAGACUCCAAAAAGCUAAUGUAGAAACAGUCAAUGCCAAGAUGAACAGCUUUUGUAUUUUAACCUUUAUAUGUAACUGCAUACACACAUGCUGAGAAAAUGUCUACCAACAAUAUUAAUCAAUAAAUAUUUGUAAAAGUUGCUUCUUUUUGUGUAAUGCAAAUGAAUAUUGAACAGUUUUUAAAGUGCUAUAGCAUCAAACUAUCAAUGAUCUGCUCAUUAAAUGACUAAAUGUUAAAUGACAAUUUGACCAAUUUUCUAAUUUCUUGCUGAAAAUUCAUAAUGCUCCGAUAAUGAGUGCUACACCUUUUAAAGUUUUGUGCUUUUUGUAAACCUGAAGCGAGGGUAAGAGCCUCAGUUGAUCAACAUUUUAAGAAAAGUCAGUGAAAACAUUUAUUUAUUAACUUGUUGAAUAAAAGUUGCCUCCAUG